UCUUCCCUUCUCUAACUAAAACGCCGCCGCCGCCGCCGUCGUCUAAAUGGCUGCUACAGGCGGCGACAGUUUCCCAAGGAGUUGGAGUUACACCAACGAAUCGGAGCUCAGAGAGUUCGCCCGGCGACCCACUCUCGGCGAGCUCCUGAAGCGAGUGGAAGACGCACAGUCGCCAGAUCACCGUACCGUCGACGUUAGUUAUGGGUGCAGUUAUCUGGCGCCGCACCCGGUGUUGUAUCCUUUCAAGCUUUCGUUUCAGAAUCUGAGUUACAGCGUGAAAGUUCGGCGGAGAGGUUCGUCGUUGCCGGAGAAUUUGACGGCGGAAGAGAAUGGUGGAAGGGUGAAGCUGUUGCUUAAUGAUAUCUCCGGCGAGGCGAGGGAAGGGGAAAUUAUGGCGGUGCUUGGAGCUAGUGGGUCUGGGAAAUCUACGCUCAUUGACGCUCUCGCUGAUCGGAUUACAAAAGAGAAAUUGAAAGGGACGGUGACAUUAAACGACGAAGUUUUGGAACCUGCGCUGCUGAAAGUAAUCUCCGCCUAUGUUAUGCAAGACGAUCUUCUGUUUCCGAUGCUAACAGUGGAAGAGACUCUCAUGUUCGCGGCGGAGUUCCGGCUACCUCGCUCACUCUCAAAAUCCAAGAAGAAAGCGAGAGUUCAAGCCUUAAUCGACCAAUUAGGUCUAACAACCGCCGCGAACACCGUCAUCGGCGGUGAAGGUCACCGCGGCGUCUCUGGUGGAGAACGACGUCGUGUCUCUAUCGGAAUCGACAUUAUCCACGAUCCGAUACUUUUGUUCCUGGAUGAACCUACCUCGGGCCUCGAUUCCACCAGCGCUUUCAUGGUUGUCAAAGUCUUGCAGAGAAUCGCACAGAGCGGAAGCAUUGUGAUAACGUCGAUUCAUCAACCGAGCUAUCGAAUCCUCUCGUUGCUUGAUCGAUUGAUCUUCCUUUCCCGUGGGCAAACCGUUUACAGCGGCUCUCCGGCAGAGUUGUCGGAUUUUUUGGCUGAUUUUGGGCAUCCGAUUCCAGAGAACGAAAAUCGGACGGAAUUCGCCUUGGAUUUGGUUCGAGAUCUGGAAGAAACUGCUGGUGGAACCAGAUCCAUGGUGGAACACAACAAAUCAUGGCAGUGGAAGAACAAGAAUCACUUAAAAGGUCACAGAAUUGUUCGUCGCAAUUCUUCUCAUCGAUUUCAUCUCUGUCUCAAAGACGCCAUUAGCGCAAGCAUUUCGAGAGGGAAAUUAGUCUCGGGCGCCCCAAUUGAUUCGAAUCGUUCUUCUUCGUUCUCGAAAUUUUCAAAUCCUUUGUGGACUGAGAUUUUAGUGCUAGCAAAACGAUCGAUUACGAAUUCGAGGAGAAUGCCAGAGCUAUUUGGAAUUAGAUUGGGUGCGGUUCUGAUCACCGGGGUAAUUUUAGCCACCAUGUUUUGGCAUCUGGAUAAUUCCCCUAAAGGUGUUAAAGAACGGUUAGGGUUCUUCGCCUUCGCCAUGUCCACAACCUUCUACACCUGUGCAGAGGCAAUCCCUGUUUUCCUUCAAGAACGAUACAUUUUUAUGAGAGAAACAGCCUACAACGCUUACCGUCGAUCUUCGUACGUUCUCGCACAUUCGUUAAUCUCCAUUCCAUCGUUGAUUAUCCUCUCUUUGGCCUUUAGUGGAACGACGUACUUCGCCGUUGGUCUCGCCGGCGGCUUCUCUGGCUUUCUUUUCUUCUUCGCCGCCGUACUCGCCGCCUUCUGGGCCGGGAGUUCGUUUGUUACAUUUCUCUCCGGCGUCGUUUCUCAUGUAAUGUUAGGCUACACCGUCGUUGUCGCCAUUUUAGCGUAUUUUCUUCUCUUCAGUGGCUUCUUCCUCAGCCGGGACCGGAUGCCGCCGUACUGGAUCUGGUUUCACUACAUGUCGCUGGUGAAGUAUCCGUACGAAGCAGUGUUGCAAAACGAGUUUGAGGCGACAGCAGAGUGCUUCGUCCGCGGUGUUCAGAUGUUCGACAAUACGCCACUCGCGACGGUGCCAGCGGCGGCGAAGGUGGAGCUGCUGAAGAGCAUGGGGAAGACGUUGGGGUUCAACAUCACCGGAUCCACCUGCGUUACUACCGGCUCCGACGUACUGAGGCAACAGGGGAUUACGGAUUUGAGCAAAUGGAACUGUAUUUGGAUCAGUAUGGCUUGGGGAUUCUUUUUCAGAAUUCUGUUUUAUUUCGCGCUCUUGUUUGGUAGUAAAAACAAGAGAAACUGAAAAUUAACCCAAAAAAAAAAA